AAUCAAGUCUAUACCAUAAUUACUCCAAUUUCUGUGCAUCUGAAAUGUUUUAAUUUUAAAUUUUAAUUUCAAAAUGGCUCAUUUUAAUUAGCUAAUGGCUAAUAACUUUGUGUCAUCGUCGUAACAGUCCAUCUACAAAAAACCUAAAACAAUUGUGCUUGCCAGUUUGAGUCAGUCACUCUCUCAAUUGUGGGAAAUGUAGGUCAUACAUACAUUGUGCAAAAUGGGACAAUCUUUGUAUCCAGUAGAAGUGCACUGGAUAGAGUUACAACCCUUCCCAUCUGUUCAGACAUGAUAUUUCUAGUUUUUAAACAUGUAGAUGAAAAGCUUAUGCAGAUGUGUCAUUCAACCUGCUGAUUCAGAUGAUAAUGUUCACAAAUUGAAAUGCACUCAUACUUUCCUCAGUUUUCCUAUGUGUUUUUACAGUAUCUAUACUGUCAUAUUAAGAGGGUGGUGGUCAUAGUGAUUUCACCUCUGUAGCUCAUUUCUUAUUGGUUAAACUGUUGGUGUAAAAACAACACACCUCCUCUUACAACACUGGCCUCCCCAAUCCAAACAACCAUGCAGUUUGGCCUUUUUGUCAUGAUUAACUUUAAAAAUACCUCUGAUUCGCUGAUUUUCCGCUGGUUACAAGCCCUUUGUUCACCGACCAAACAAAUUGUAAUUCAUUCACUCGAUUCAGGUAUGGAUGGGGAUGUUUGGUACAAGCCAUGCUUUUAAGAACGUUUCCCAGUGACGGAAUUUCCCGCAUGGCCUGUGCAUUUGCUGUAAGCCCCGCAUGGAAGAGGAAAGGCCUUAUAUGGUAGCGGAAGUGGGUGUGGCCAACGGGACAGUAGGCGAUCACAAGACUUCAGCUGAAAGCGAAUGUGUUGUUCCAUACUUCAUGUACGAGUGAACUACACUGUUUUAGGCGUUUUAUUCGCAGGCGCGUGCAAUAAUAACGAAAUUGCGUGCAGUUGUUUAGAAAAACGCCUCGCCAUUUUGUUAAAGAAGCCCUCCAUUUCCAUUUCUCCGUGGUUGAUCGUUUGCACAAGGAUCUAUUUCUUGACUUGAAUAUUACUGGAGUGAGGUCAGCAUUGCACAACUCAGUCGUGGAUAAGCAUGCAGUCAUUUCUCUACUGUUGCACCGGACCUUGCAGUUGUUCUUAGGGCGACCUGAAAACACGCAGAAAAUAACAAUCACGAUUGUCUCCAAUGAAUGAGCAUCAAAUUAACCUAAAGACUUCUCAACCCAGCUUAACAUCCUGGAAGCAGAAGAGUUGGCAGUGAAGACGAAAUCAAAUGGACAUGUUUGAGCUACACCAUGCUGAAACUUCUAUUUCUGCACAGGAGAUGCUGCAAUUUUUACUUUUAAAGCUUACAUGCAUUCCUACCAUGUUGAGUAGAUUUGGAUGACCAUUAACUGUCAUAAAACUAGUUAAGGGUUCUUUGUCAAGGGCGAUACUCUUAAGACUCUUCAUCAAACCAGAGAAAGCUUUGUGUGGUUUGGGGAUUUGAACAUUUGUCUCCUAAACCUCCCACUCCACUACUCCCCAGAAUCUGUAUUCAUGAAAGUCAUGAGUUUGCCACCUCAACAGAAACCAAACGCAAAGAGGACAGGUAAGCGCAUCACUUUCUUUAACGAUCAGGGUGUGACGAUGAAAGAGGCCUCUCAGCAUACAGAGGCCUACUAUGGCAUUGGGGUCCCUCCCUCAGGACCAGGUCAUAAUGACAGUGGAGGUGUGGAAAGUUUGAAUGCAGAAGCACCGCAUACAUACCUCAAUUCUGUCAUUUUCAGCCCGGACAAGUGUGAUCAAAGCCGUGGGCACUACCAACAGAUGAUGCCCAUGAAGUGGUCACAUCAAGACCCUUCUUUGCAGCUCCAACAGCGACCAAACAAUUGGUCACAGGGUAUGACAACUUGGCCCCAGAACUAUGGCCCUUAUUUAGAGGCUCAGACUUUUGUAAAGCAGAUGCAUGAGGGCAUGUCAGUACAACAGCAGCAGCAACAGCAGCAGCAACCUAAGUCAUCAACUAUUAGGGCAACUGAAAAACAAGGGGCAAACAUAAGUGUAGAGACCUUUAGGGAUACAAUCAAACCAGGCCGGGGCAUGGACUGGGAACAGCAGCAAGCCUUUCAGCAAACACAAAAGCCUGGAAUGUUAAAUCCGCAGCAGCACGGACAGUCCACCACUGGGAAUUCCGUGCUGCAACCCUUUCAAGUAGCUUUUGGACAACCCAAGCAGAACUUGGUAGCGGGGUACUAUCAGGUAGUUCAGGGCAAUCGGACCUUGCCGAAUUUGAAUUACAGUGCACAGACGAAUUCCCAACUACAGCAGCAACUACAGCAACAGGAGCAACGGCGACAAAUAAUGCUUCAACAACGGCAGCAACAGCUGGAACAGCAGAUACGACAACAGGCGCAGCAGCAACAGGUACUUCAGCAUCAAAAACAGAUACCACAAUUACAGCAACAAACACAGCAAUUAAAACAUCCUCAGCAACAGCAACCACCACAACAACAUAUGCAACAGAUUCAACCGCAACAAGACUUGGUGCAGCAGCAACAAAAGUCUGAGCAACCUCAUCAGAACCAGCAUGUAUUGGAAAAUUAUUCUGAUGGCCAGCAGCCACACGCUUCUUCACUUGAUCAGCAUCACCCCUCAUUAUCAGGACAGUCCCAAGAGACAACUGAUCCCCCGUCAACACAGACUCAAGACUCCGUUCCUCAGCCUCCCACUAAUGUUCCCCAGCAAUCCAUCGAGACCCAACAGCCUGGGCCCCGGAGAUCACGUCGGCUUUCAAAAGAGGGUGGAGGCCCUGCUUCAGAUAACCCAUUUGUAAUGCCCACUGAUCUGCAUAACCAAGGCUCUCAGAACGGUGCUUCUGAGACCAAUGCUGUGCAAGACAUCCAGGCCGCUCCAACAGGUGUAAUCCAGAGUACACGACGUAAGAGGAGGGUGUCGCAAGAGGUCAACCUGGAAACCUUGGCUCAGAAGGCUUCGGAGAGGGAAUCACUUCCCUCACGUAGUGUCAAGCAAGAGCCACACAGACCCUGGAGCCCCCCUGUUGCCCCGACAGGUCCAGGUCGAGGGGCAGCUGAGGUGGAUCAGGUGAGUGCAAAGCGGCCCAGAGAUGACAGCUUCAUGCCAUUGGUCAUUCCAGUCUCCGUGCCAGUAAGGCAGACUGAUUCCUCGUCCCCGGAUCAUGAGCAAGCCUCCCUCUCAGCUAGUUGGCCCUCCAGGCCUUUGGGCAUCCAUGGCAUAAGCUGCUCUGAUUACAAGACUUCUGUGAUUGUCAAACGACGACGUUCACUGAGGAACUCUCUGUCUGAGAGCACAGGCCAGAAUGGUGGAGCAGAGAGCGGAAGUGAAGCUGACGGCAAAUCGGCCAAAGCCAAACGACGGCCUCGUCCAGAACCACUCUUUAUACCCCCACCCAAACUUGGAAUUUUUAUUGCCCCUCCAGUCUACUCCACUAUCACACCUUACCAGAGUCACUUACGUUCACCUGUCCGAUUGAUGGACAACCCCCUCAACAUGCCGCCUUACACUCCCCCACCCAUCCUCAGUCCAGUUCGAGAGGGUUCGGGCCUUUACUUUUCCACCUUCCUGUCAGCUGCCGCAGCAGCAGCAGCAAAUAAUCAGGGACUGCCCCCACCUGCCACUCCCAAAUCUGCCACCCGCAGCCUCCUGCGCUCCAACAGCAGUGAUAUAACCCCUCCAGUUCUCUCUGCUAUGAGUGAGGCUACACCUGUCAGCAUUGAGCCUCGGAUAAACAUUGGAUUGCGGUAUCAGGCGGAGGUCCCGGAGCUGAGAGAGCGCUCGACAGCACAGCACGACCUACACAAGGCUGAACUGUUGUGGGCGUUACUGCCUGACCUGGAGGCCGAUACUGAACAACAGCAAAGAGUGGAUGACCUCAUGCACCUGGCGUGCUCGAGUGCGUUGUGUGGAGGAGGGACCAAUCAGGAACUGGCCAUGCACUGCCUGUAUGAAUGCAAGGGUGACGUCAUGGGAGCCCUCACCCUUCUGUUGUUAAAAACCCCCAUCUUUCCCAAAGCGCACCCGCUGGCUGACUACCACUACUCUGGCUCUGACAGCUGGACACCAGAGGAACGACGUCUCUUUAACAAAGGCAUUUCUGCCUACAAGAAGGACUUUUUCAUGGUCCAGAAACUGGUGAGCUCCAAGACGGUGGCUCAGUGUGUGGAGUUCUACUACACGUAUAAGAAGCAGGUGAAGAUCGGCAGGAACGGUACGCUCCUUUACGGAGAAGCAGAGCCACCAGAGACUAAACCCACAACAGAGGAGGAAGUGGACAAUAAAAGUUCACAGAAGUUUGAAUCACGGAAAGACGACGAGGAGAGCAGGAAGUGGGAAGGGUCAUGUGACAGGAAACAAGAAAACAGCCCGGGCAGGGUGACACAAUCGCUACAGGCCACUAAAAAUGCUGCUGCCGUCUUGGUUUUAAGAAAUCAGGAGGACAGCACUAGAGAUCCGUCCACGUUGGGGGUCAGUCAUCAUCCUCCUCCACCAGCACCACCACCACCAUCUAAACACCGCUCCGACACCGCGGGCCGCAAAAGCACUGGCAACACAGGAAAGGGACAAACAAACCAAGAGGGUGAAUUCCCCUGCAAGAAGUGUGGCAGGAUCUUCUUUAAAGUGAAGAGCCGCAGUGCCCACAUGAAGAGUCACGCUGAGGCAGAGAAAAAAGCGGCUGCGCUCCUGCAGAGGGAGGCUGAGCAGCGGGCGGCAGCCGCCAUGUUGGCCGCCCAGCAGAACGGCAUGAUGGGGGAUCAGAGCAGAACGAGGAGAGCCAGCAGCGAUGACUCCUCAGAGGAAGAGGACGCAGAUGAUGAAGACUGGCACUAGCUAACAAUCUCUUUCGUACGGCCAAGAAAAAAACCUAUUUAUUUUUAGUUUACCAGCCAACAAGACCCAUCCCAAAAGAACAGUUUCAGGGACUGGCUCACUCCCGUAGAGUGUUUGUGUGAGUGCGUAUGUGUGUUACGUGUAUAUGAGACGGACAGAGAUGGAGACCAAUGCUGUAGAAGCAUUCAGGGGCUUAAUGUUCAGACAUAGGGCUAUUGGGAGUGUAAGCCAUCUCCGUGUGAAUGUGUGCGUGUGUCUAUAAUAUGCACUUUCGGACUCAUCCAACACACACUGAUCUGACCGCAGCACAUCUAUCCAGUGUCUGUGCACAGAACUCACUCAGUGUUCUCCUGUGAAACAAACCAUUAUGGAUUCAGUGCUGUGGACGCAGAGGGACACAGAAGCAAGUGUGUGUGUGUGUUUAGUCUUUUCCUUCUUUUUUGAAAUGAAUACGACGGUAUCUUUCUCUUCCACGUGACUGCCAAAUGCUUGCACAACUGUGCUUGUACGCCUGGUCUUGAUCUCCAGUGCUGUAAUUUUGGGCUUUCUGUUUUGAGUAUCGUGAAGGUAAAGUUCAUCCGAAAUGGAAAAUUCUGUCAUUUUCUCACCCUCGUGACUUUUUUUUUUUUUUUUUUACUUUUUCUUCAGAACACAAAAUGAGACAUUUAGCAGAAUGUUCAUGCUGUUCUUUCUCUCUCAAAUGUUGCCUAAGGGCUUUCAUUCUUUAAAAACGACAAAUAUAAAACAUCAUAAAAGUACACCAAAGAACUUUUACGCUAUAUUCUUACGAAUAGAUUUUUCUAAGAAACAGAAUGAAAUCUAGACUCCUCUUGACAGUGUUAUUAAAACAAAUAAUUUUCUUUAAUUGAUAACGCUAGAAUAAAGUUAUAUUUUAGAUGAAAAAUUCAAAAUUGUGUAAACAAAAAUUACUAAAACUAAACCUGAAAUUAAAGAAAAAUAUAUAACUAAAUAUAAACCUAAAAGCUAAAUAUAAAUAUAUAAAAAAUUAAUAAUGACAAAAAUUGUAUAAAAAUACUAACACAAACUAAAAUUGAAAUGUAUAUAAAAACAAAAAGGUAAUUCAAAAUAUUAAUGAAUACAAUACUUACAUAGUACUAUAAUAUAUUAUACAAUGGGAUAUUAAUUAUACUGAAAUAACACCGCAGAGUACCAACUUUAUGUAUAUGCACACAUGAGAGUUAUUGUGGUAUUUUUAAUGAAUGAUGACUUAAUUUAAUAUUGUUUCAUCAGAAAUUUAUCGUAUGACAAUGUAUACAGUUCACGAGUUGAAUGGACUUUUUUCUUUGAGCUUGACAGCUGUCCUAUUGGUACUAUAUACUUUCAUUUCAUGAUCAGCCUGAACAUUCUGCUUAACAUCUCCUUUUGGUGUUCGCCGUAUAGAAAGUCAUACAGGUUUGGAAAGACAUGAGAGUAAAUGAUGCUAGCAUUUUUAAUUUCAAAUGAACUAUUCCUUUAAUUAAAACGGUGACCUCGCUGAUGCCUUCGAUGUUUUUGACACUUUCUGUCCUUAUGUGACAAUCACUUUUACAAAGGUUCUUUUUAUACUCUGCAGAUUAUAAUGGUUGUGCUUGAUAUAAUCAAUUAUUGUUAUUAUCAUUACUGUUACUAUUAGCUUUGUACUGUUUUAUGAUGAUUAUGUUGUUUUUCGGGGGGAGGGAAGGGGUGGUAUUCUUUUUCUCAUUUGACUUUUCGUUUUAGAUAUUUGCUACCUGUGUGUGUGUGAGUGAAGAUUGCAUAUAUUUGCUGAAAGCAUGAUUAUAAAAUCACACUGUAAGUGCAAUAGCAAUAGUGGGACUUUUGAGUUCCCUCCCACUCCACUUUUUUUAUUCUUAGCAUCUUUGAACAAAAGUAUUAGAUAAUCAACUUAUAUUUUAGUGUAAGAACAAAUGUGAGAUGUGAUGGUUGCUGAGUUUAAGGGCAGUUGCGAGCAGCUCGGGUUUCUAUCUCUCUACAGGCCAAACACUUAAGCACUUGGCUUUGUCUCCAUGGCAACAAAGAGUCUUAUUUUAAAGGAUAGGCACAUGGGAGAUUCGCAGCCAACAGUAAAGGCUCCAAUUAUUGCUAAUAACACAGAAAUCUUCUAUGCAGCGCGUGAGUGUGUGAGCUCGUGUGCACGUGCGAAUGCAUGUGUGUGUGUGUGUGUGUGUUUAUUUGCAUGGGUGUGCAUGUGUGGUUGCGUGUAGUUGAUGCACCAAUAUUCAAAACUCUCUCAAACUCAAAGCCAAGUGAGAAAAAGAAGCUUCCUCGACUAUUUAAUGUCUUUUUUAUAUUAAAAAAAAGAAACAAAAAAGCAUUCUAUAGUAUAUAUACUUGUUCAUACAUGUGAAAAGACUGAUUUGCUCUACUAUGAAGAUAUGGGCAUUUGUCAAUGACUUAACCAAGCUUUAUUGUUGUUGUUGAGAAAUGAAUAUUGAAAUUAAUUUGGGGAAUGUUGUAAGGGUGCACCUCCCGUUUCCGUCUUUCACUCAGCCAAGGGAAAUUCUUCUGUUGAGGAAUCCAAAAUAUGAAAAAGGCUUCUAAAACUGUAUGCACACUUUCUAUGCUAUUUUCAUAGGGGUUUGUACACUAAUAACGGCUGUGGUAAGAGCUCUGAAGUGCUUUUUACCACAGUAUAACUUAUUGGGUUUCAGUUGUGUUUUAUCAUGUGUUUUAGAACAGGGGUGUCAAACUCUGUUCCUAGAGGGUCGCAGUCCUGCAGAGUUUAGUUCCAUCUCUGCUCCAACAUACAUACCAUGUAGUUUUCAAAUAAGCCUGAAGGACUUGAUUAGUUGAAUCAGGUGUGAUUAAUUAGGGUUGAAUCUAAACUCUGCAGGGCUCCGGCCCUCCAGGAAUUAAGUUUGACACCCCUGUUUUAGAGUAAUAAGGAAAAAACAAUAAACAUGACAAUAUUUGUAACAGUA